AUGAUGAAAUCCUUUUAUUAUCUGUGGAUUUACCUUCUGACAAUUGAAGAGUUUCUUCAGUAUGGUCAAGCAAAAUUGACGAACGAUCGUUCAAUACGCCAAUUAAGUUUCGAUGAAGCUUAUAUAACAAUAAGCAAUAAAAAUUACUCAGAUCCAAUUAUAUUUACUUUUAACCCGGUCGUAUGCGAAAAAUGUAUGUUUGAACCUUUAGGUGAUAGUAUUCCAAAUAAUGAAAAUCAAACUAUUAUAAUCAAUACAAAAUAUGGCUACGAUUUUCAACUUUUGGCAGAACCUACGAAUAAAACGCUACGAUGCCAGAUCAAAUCAUAUUUAUUUCGCGAACAUGGAUCCUAUUUAUUUGAAGUUAUAGAAACUUUAGAAAAUCAAGAUUCCUGCUCAAUAGAGCAAACACAAGACUCAAGUUAUUAUUGGUUGCCAAUUAUUAUUGGAAUGUCAAUUAUGUUUGGGUUUAUUCUAUUGAUUGAGAUAUGGCAUCGUAUUUCGCGUAGUCGAAUCGUAGCUCGUUAUCUUCCGAAUGCUGUUCAACAAGGAUUGAUAAAUGAAGAUUUUCUUACUUCAUUAUCAAAUAGUUCGGCAACGAUUGCUAACGAUCCUAAUGAUGAUAUUAUUCGUACUCUAACGGCUGCUAGGGAAUUACCAUUAGUUGGAUCAACAAAAUUAUCGAAUAGUUCGAUUCGAAUAAAAAAAAUAUUGCCGAAACGACUUCGUUCGUUGGAUACUUUUCGAGGAUUUUCAUUGAUGGUGAUGAUUUUUGUUAAUUAUGGAGGUGGUGGAUAUCGUUUUUUUAAACACUCAAUUUGGAAUGGUUUAACGGUUGCUGACUUGGUUUUUCCAUGGUUUACUUGGAUUAUGGGUGUAUCGAUUGUCUUCUCGCAUCUUUCUCUCCGAGCAAAAAAUCUACGAAAACGAGCGAUAUUUCUUAAAAUAUGUCGACGAACCAUAACACUUUUUGCUUUAGGUUUAAUUUUACAAGGUGGCUAUUCAAGAUGGGUAAACAUCCGAAUAUUUGGUGUUCUUCAACGCUUAGCAGCAUGUUACUUUUUUGCUGCUACACUGGUUUUAAUUUUUGAUGAUAAUGAAGAUGAACCAUACUCAUCACAAUGGCCAAUAGGUAAUGAUGUUCGUCAAGCCCUGCGCAUCGAAUUAUCAAGUACUUUAUUUCAUUUUUGGCCACAAUGGUUGUUCAUAUUAUUGAUCACUCUUGCUUGGACUUUAAUUACAUUUAUUCUGAAGUUUGACGAUUGUCCACGAGGUUAUUUAGGGCCUGGCGGAAAACAUGAAUAUGGAAAAUAUCAAAACUGUACUGGAGGAGCUGCUGGAUACAUUGAUCGAUUAAUUCUUCGCAAUAGUCAUAUGGAUGGUCAUCCGACAUGUGCAGAUAUCUAUGAUACUAAAGUACCAUAUGAUCCUGAAGGUCUUUUAGGAAUUUUAACUGGAACUCUACUUUGUUAUCUUGGCGUACAGGCAGGCCAUAGUUUUGCUCAUUCGACACGUAUUCGACGUGUGUGUGCACAUUGGCUUACAUUUGGCUUUGUUUGUGGAUCUAUUGGUUUACUCUUGUCCAAAGGUGGUAAUUCAGAUAGUUGGAUACCAAUUAAUAAAAAUCUUUGGUCGCUUAGUUUUGUACUUAUUUUAGCUGGUUUAGCUUUUCUAAUUUUAACGAUAUUUUACUUACUUAUUGAUGUUUGUAAAUGGUUUACUGGUGAACCCUUUUUAUGGUUAGGUAUGAAUUCAAUUGUAAUCUAUGUUGGUCAUGAAGUUUGUUCAAAAUCUUUUCCUAUACAAUUUCAAGUCGAAGAAGCAACACACGCUCAACUACUUGCUAUGCAUCUUUAUGGAGUUUUGUUUUGGACUAUAGUUGCUGGUUUGAUGUAUCGUAAAAAGAUUUUUAUUGCGAUUUAA